AUUGGUGCCAAAUUAUUGAUAGAUGAAGUUGAAAAAACGAACAAUAAAAAAAGAAUUGAAAUUCCAAAAAAAUGGAAAUGUGUCAUGUGAUCUGGAAAAGAGAUGAAAUUUAAAAGAAAUUUUGGUGGAAAAAGUCGAAUGAAAAAAAGAAAUGGUAUUAUUUAAUUGGCCAAGGAAGAAUUGGGCUAUAAAUUGACAACAUUUGCUAUUGCUUUGAGAAAUACUGUUGAUUAUUGUUGAUUGUUUUUAACCAUUGUUAGUAUUGCUACUAUUGAUUGUAGAUUAUUGCUAUUGCUGAUUGAAUACAGGUGUUUGCUGGAUUUUGUUGAAUUUGAGAUUGAAAGAUGUCAGGAAAGGAAGAUGGCAAGAAGCCCGGAAUCGCUGCUGAUGCAGUGUUAAAGAGCUCUGUUCCUGUGCCAGAGGACUUUGUUGAAGUUGCAGGCAUUGAUUACUCAUCACAGACUGCGUUCAACAUGAGAGCAGUGGAUUUGGUUGCCAGCAUGAAAACCAUUGGGUACCAGGCCUCGUCGUUGGGAAAGGCGUGCGAGAUCAUCGAGGAAAUGCGCCGCUGGAGAGGCAAACACAUCAGCCAGCUCGAGGAGCACGAGAGGAACAAGGGCAAAUUCGACGCUGAGGGCUUCCAAAGAACCACCAUCUUCUUGGGGUACACCUCCAACUUGAUUUCCUCCGGUUUGCGUGAAACCAUCCGGUAUCUCGUGGAGCACCGAUUCGUGGAUGUGUUGGUUUCCACGGCCGGCGGCAUCGAAGAGGACCUCAUUAAGUGCUUGGCUCCCACCUACUUGGGCGAGUUCAGCUUGCCCGGCAAGAAGCUCCGUGACGAGGGCAUGAACCGUAUCGGCAACUUGAUCGUGCCUAACGACAACUACUGCCGGUUCGAGGAGUGGAUCGUGCCCAUUUUGGAUGCCAUGUUGCAGGAGCAGGAAACUGCGGUGCGCGCCCUGGGCUGCGACGCGCUCCACCACGGCAGCAGCGCGUGCUGGACCCCCUCCACCAUGAUCGCCAGGCUCGGCCGCGAAAUCAACGACACAAACAGUGUCUUGUACUGGGCGCAGAAGAACGACAUUCCCGUUCUUUGUCCCGCUCUCACCGACGGCUCCAUCGGCGACAUGUUGUUCUUCCACACCUUCAAGAGCUCGCCCGAACAGCUCCGUUUGGACAUCGUUGCUGACAUCCGUAAAAUGAACUCCUUGUCGAUGGAAGCUGCCCACGCCGGCAUGAUCAUUCUCGGCGGCGGCUUGAUCAAGCACCACAUUGCCAACGCGUGCUUGAUGAGAAACGGCGCAGACUACGCUGUCUACAUCAACACCGGCCAAGAGUUCGAUGGCUCUGACGCCGGUGCCCGUCCCGACGAAGCCGUUUCCUGGGGCAAGAUCAAAGCCGACGCUCACACCACCAAGGUCUACGCCGACGCCACUAUUGUCUUCCCGCUUAUUGUGGCGGCCACCUUUGCGUCCCAAAAGCCCAACUAGCGCUAUGGCUUGUGGUGUGCACGUGUGCAGCUAGUACGUGUGGCAAUGCUGGUUGCCCGAUCAGGUGCUGGACUGCUACCCGGUGAUAUAAAUAGAUGCCGCAGUUGCUGUUUUAUCCGCGUUUCAGCGCGUGUCUUUCUCUCCUCAAACACCGUCUGUG